UCCCGAGCUCCAGAAGGGAGGAGGAGAGUUUAAAGUGAGAAGAAGAAAGGGACAUUUUGAUAGGCAGCCCGUGCGUCCCUGUUUCAAUGGUUACAAGCCCCUGCCCAGCGCGCAACGCACUGUGAAGCUAGAGAAAAACAAAGGAGUUUCUACUGUGGCUGGGAAUGGAGAGCUCAGGAGGCUGGUUUAGUUUAUAACAAAGUCGCAGCACGUUCCCCAGCAGCAUCUGAAGUGGGAUUGUAUGGGCACUGUAAUGCCUUCUCAACUCGUACAUGUGCCCCUGUCCCUAGGCUGAGUAGCUGGAGGCCGCUGGCCGCUCCUGCAAAGGAGAUGCGCUUGGUUCCUUUCUGGAUGCUUUUCCCUCCAGCUCCUGAUCUCAGAUCGGCAACCCCAUAACAGAUACCAGGGCAAUUGCUACCCGCUGCUUGGCCAGAGUAAAUAGUUUAAAUCAUAUAUUACUUUCAGACAUCGUCUUGUUCCUGUUCUUCGGGGGACCACAACCAAGUGAUUAUCGCAGAGAGGAGAGAAGGAGGGGGAGAAGGGAGAGAGGAGCAAGUUGAGCAUGAUCAAACCCUAGCCCUGGAGGUUUGAGCUGAGAGAAGAUAAUAUGCACGUGUCACUAGCUGAAGCCUUGGAGGUUCGUGGAGGACCACUAGAAGAAGAGGAAUUGUGGGCUGUUCUUAACCAAAGUGCUGAAAGUCUACAAGAACUAUUGCGAAGAGCUGAUCCUGCGGCACUUGGUUUUAUUAUCUCUCCUUGGUCUCUUCUGUUGCUGCCCUCUGGAAGUGUGUCUUUUACAGAUGAAAAUGUCUCAAACCAGGAUCUGCGAGUCUUUACAGCUCCUGAGGUGCUGCAGACGAAGUCACUAUCAUCACUUUCAGAUAUUGAAAAAAUGCACAUUUAUUCUCUUGGAAUGACCCUGUACUGGGGAGCUGACUAUGAAGUACCUGAAACACAGCCAAUACAACUUGGGGAACGUCUUAAUAGCAUUCUACUAGACAUGUGUGACGACCAGUUCUAUACCCGAUUGUCCUCACGAACUGUCUUGGAUGGUUGCAGCACCCAUAUCAGAAACAGCAAUUGUGCACCCUCAUACUACUACAUCAAACAACUAGUUAAGCUUGUCCUUGGCAGCCUUUCUAGGAUUGAUCAACUUGGAUUUAAAACCAAUGAACCAAAUCGCAGUCAAGCAAUCCGUGACAGAUUAAGGGGAAAAGGACUUCCCCCAGGGAGAACAACUGUUGAUAGCUUUGAUGCCCAAUCUGCUAUAUCACAGCAAGCCUUCUUUAACCGUGGCCUUAGCAAAUCCAUGGGGUUUCUUGCAUUCAAAGAUCAAAGUGAGGAGGAGGACUCGUGUCAUUUCACAUCAUCUGACUAUAACUCUGGAUAUGAGAACGAAGUGAACUCUCAUCACUCCCAUCAUCAGCUGAUGCCUGGUGAAUUAGAUAGAAAAAACUAUGAUGGUGGCCAAAGGAAAAAAAACUGGGUAUCUUCUUUUGACUUAUUAUCACUGAAGGAUCAAUCCACAGAAAAAGACUUCUCCUCUACAAACCAUCACAGGCCUCCUCGAUACUCUGAAACAGAGACUGUGCAGAUUAGCAACCUGCCUAAAAUUAAAGAUCGUAAGCACUCUGAUGUUUGUGCAGCCACUGAUGCACUGGGCCCCCUUAGAUUGGAUCAAGCUCGACAUGGACCUGAGGUGCCAACAUCUGUUGCAAUUUCAAGUGCCUUGGACAGGAUUCGAGAAAAGAAACAGAAACUUCAGGUGCUGAGAGCAGCAAUGACUCUAGAAGAGCCGGCCAGAUUACAUCGAUCUUCACACAGUGAUGCCUACAGCACCUCCAGUGAAAGCCCCUCCAUUGUAUCGUCAGACCCAGAAUUUAGGCAAGGAAAAACAAAUGAAGUCUUAAAAAGAAAGGACUCAACAAGUGUUUUGGCUGGAUUAGAAGAUACAGAUCGACUACAGCUUCCAGGAUCAAGUUCCAGUCAGCAUUAUGGAAACCCACCAGAUGGUGCAAAUAUCAGGCAAGAGAUGCAAAAACGUCAAGAGGAAGAUAUGAUUGAAAUGCAAGCUAAAAUGGCUAUCAGGCAGUCACAGUUAAACCUCUACUCCGGUGAUGUGCCCCGAACCUCCAUGUUGGACCUUAAUAGGGAUCCUCUGAGAGAGAUUGCCAUGGAAAAUUCAUUUGCACAAAUAAAUCUGAGGAACUUCUUUGGACCAGAGUUCAUUAAGAUGGCAACAGGACCUUGCGUUACGCUGGACCUUCCACCAUCCAUUUUGGCCAAGAAAGGGAAGACAGAUGAGAUCCGUAGGAAGCUAAACAUAAUCCUUCUCAGUGGUCAGAGGCUUGAAUUGACUUGUGACACCAAGUCUACAUGUAAGGAUGUCUUUGACAUGGUCGUAGCCCAUGUUGGACUGGUUGAGCAUCACUUAUUUGGUUUGGCAAUCCUAAAAGACCAGGAAUUUUACUUCAUCGAUCUUGACCUCAAACUGUCCAAAGUAAGCCCAGAUGGCUGGAAAGAGGAUACAAAGAAGAAAGGGAAAUCUUCCAUAGACUUCACUUUGUACUUCAGAGUCAAGUUUUUUGUGGAUGACAUUAUCCUUCUACAGCAUAGCCUCACAUGCCACCAGUACUACCUAGAGCAGCGGAAAGACAUCCUGGAUGGAAAGCUUUACUGUGAUGAUGAGGCUGCCAUGCUCCUGGCAUCGCUUGCUCUUCAAGCAGAAUAUGGAGACUACCAGCCAGAAGUUCACAGUAUGUCCUAUUUCAGAAUGGAACAUUAUCUGCCUGCUAGAGUGACUGAGAAACUGGAACUUUCUUACCUGAAAGAAGAAUUGCCCAGACUGCACAGUACCUAUGCUGGAGCAUCAGAAAAAGAGGCAGAGCUAGAAUUCCUAAGAGUGUGUCAAAAACUUCCAGAGUAUGGAGUGCAUUUUCAUAGAGUGCAGCCAGAGAAGAAGUCGCAGACUGGAAUCCUUCUGGGGGUAUGCCCAAAGGGAGUGCUUAUCUUUGAAGUUCACAAUGGUACGAGGACACCAGUGCUUCGAUUCCCAUGGAGAGAAACAAAGAAGAUCUCUUUUAGUAAGAAAAAAAUUAGCUUGCAGAACACAUCAGACAGCAUCAAGCAUGUGUUCCAAACAGAGAGCAACAAGACUUGCCAAUACCUCCUACAACUCUGCUCUUCUCAGCACAAGUUCCAGCUGCAAAUGAGGGCCAGACAGAGCAGUCAGGAAAGUAAGGAGAUUGAAAUAGCUUCUAUGAGAAGUCAAAACUUCCAGGCAGAAUCUGUUCGAGGAUUCAAUAUGGGUCGAGCCAUCAGCACUACCAGCUUGGCAAGCAGCACAUUAAAUAAGGCUGCAGUAAGACCUAUGUCCAUUCAGCCUGAUCUUUUAAAAAGACUUUCAUGCUCUGACCUAUCUGCCCUUCAAACCCACCUUGCCAAUGGAACAAGAGACAGGAAGACAAAGAAUCCAUGGGAGGACAGGCCAAGAAUCAUAAGCAAAUCAUAUCAUGACCUUAGUCAGGUUGCUUACUCACCUCAGCAGAGGUUGCUUAAUGCCAGAAUGGACAAUCCCCCAUACAGCUUUGAAGGGCUGAUGAGCCAAGCGUCAUUACAUCAAAUGGCCAUGUCUGAUGCAGAAUCAGUAACUGGAUAUGGAAGGUUAAACAAAAGCUUCAGCAACGUUCACAGGAGCCUUGAUGUGCGGAAGCCAGAGUCUGAUUCAUCUUCUAUGGAUGAUAGUGGUCAUGCCUAUGUUGUAGGUGUCAGUAUGCACAGUGUAGCAAAUACAUCUUCACCUAUUGUCUUCAAAGGAAACGAGAACCCACAUAACAUUGUAACUACUACAUCUACAUCUGAAAGAGAGAUUACUCUAGUAAAGCUUAAGAAAGAUCCCAAGUACGAUCAUGGAUUUCAGAUUGUUGGUGGUGAUACAUCUGGAAAGUUAGAUCUUGGGAUAUUUAUCAGCUCUAUUACACCCGGGGGACCCGCAGAUCUUGAUGGUCGCUUGAAACCAGGGGACCGUUUAAUAUCAAUAAACAACAUUAGCCUAGAAGGCGUCAGCCACCAAUCCGCUUUAGAUAUUCUUCAAGGCUGUCCAGAAGAUGUCUCCAUUCUUGUGUCUCAACCAAAAGAAAAAUUUAUCAAAGAUAGUCAAUCUACUCAUUCCAGUAGUCAAUCACAGCGAGCAUUUCCUCCUCAAGACAUUGAGGCAGAUUCCUCCUCAGAGGAGCAGAGUAGGUUACGAGGACACCAGAGGCUUAUAUCUGGCAGCUCAUCUGGGAUGUCAGUAGGCAAACGUGAAGGAAGUUUAAGCUCCCAAGAUUCACGGACAGAAAGUGCAAGCUUAUCAAAUAGCCAAAUUAAAAGUCCAACUAACUCUGCCAAAGAGCACAUUGCAAAGCAAUCAGCACAUACUGCCAAGUACCCUUCACUGGACAGUACUAGGGCUGGAGACAGAAAGAGAACACAAGGGGAUAGCAGCAAAGGAAAAGGAAGAAGGACGGGUUUGGCAGAACCAAUAGACUCUGACAGAGGAGAUUCUGACAUGGAUGAAGAAACCUAUUCAAGCAGCCAGGAGCGAAGGACAACCAAGAAGGAAUCCACUUUUGAGAGGGCAGCACAGAAAGUGAAUUGCACUAAGCUUUCUCCGACACCAUUGAAACCUGGAGAUGCGUUUACGGUAGUUCUGGCAAAGAAAGAUGACAGCUUGGGGAUAAGUGUCACGGUACUGUUUGACAAGGGUGGUGUAAAUACAAGUGUGAAACACGGUGGAAUAUAUGUGAAAGCUGUUAUCCCAAAAGGAGCUGCUGAGUCUGAUGGGAGAAUCCAGAAGGGGGACCGUGUGCUUUCUGUCAAUGGGACAAGUUUGGAAGGAGCUACACAUAAGCAAGCUGUGGAAAUGCUAAGAAAUACUGGGCAGGUGGUUACUCUGCAGCUAGAGAAAGGGCAACUUCCUGAAACUAAAGUUCAUGCACCAGUUACACCCCAGGGCACAUUGCCAACUCAACAAGAUCAGGUUGCCCUGCAAGGGAUGAAUGGAAAGAAAACCCUGGACUACAGCUUUGUAACUGACGAGAAUUUAUUUGAAGUGAAAUUAAUAAAGAACAGUUCAGGCCUUGGCUUUAGUUUUUCUCGGGAAGAAAACAGUUUGUCUGGACAGACCGGCUCAAGUAUUGUGCGAGUAAAGAAGCUGUUCCCCGGGCAGCCAGCUUCCGAGAGUGGCAAAAUAAACAUCGGAGAUGUGAUUUUGAAGGUGAAUGGAGCCUCUCUGAAAGGCCUAUCUCAACAGGAAGUUGUUUCUGUUUUGAGAGGAACUUCCCCAGAAGUUUCCUUGUUGAUGUGUCGACCACCUGCUGGAGUAUUACCAGAAAUCAGCCCGUCAAUGCUGACACCGUUAAAAUCCCCACCUCCAUCCAACUCAGACAAUGGUCAAUGUAAUACGAAGGGUGUGGGUAACAGUUCUGAUGAGGAUGAAGAGGCAAAUGAAAAAAGCAUGAGACGGCUGAAGAACCCCUCUAGAAGGGAUAGCUACAGUGACAGCAGUGGCACAGGAGAAGAAGACAUCAUACCUGUAAAAGACGAUCCUACAUGGAACACAACCAUCUACCAAACCCCCUGUAGGGCUAUUGCACCAAAUCACAACCAGUGUGACACACCAGGGGUCAAGGAAGAAACAAUUCGCACCAGUUUCUACACCCCACAAGAGUCCCCCUGCAAACCAGAAUUUGAAGACAGCAGCAAUCCUCCUUCUCCCAUUCCUUAUGAUCUUACUCCAGAUAGCAGUGCAGUUAUCCCAGAGAUUGUACUUUCCGAUGCUUUUCUCAACGAACCAUUCCCAGAAGAGCGUUUGUCUAUCAACAGCCUGGGGUUGAAAGACCUUGAAGAAUUUGAACCUGAGGUAGAGCUCCACGUCACCCUGACCAAAUCAGAGAAGGGGAGUCUGGGCUUUACAGUGACCAAAGCCAAUGACUGCAUUGGCUGCUAUAUCCAUGACAUCAUUCAGGAUCCUGCUAAAAGUGAUGGGCGACUGCGGCCAGGAGAUAGGCUUAUUAAAGUUAAUGAUGUUGAUGUGACAAACAUGAGUCAUACAGAAGCAGUUAAUUUACUAAGAGCUGCACCAAAGACAGUGCGUCUUGUGCUUGGCCGUGUUCUUGAGUUUCCGAAGCCCCAAUUCCCUUCACAUCUUUUGCCAGAUAUUGUAUUGACUUGCCACAAAGGAAACUUGGGUCUGCAGCUUUCAAGUGGUCCAGAUAGUGUUUCUCAGAAUAUUUAUAUACAGGAUAUCAAGGCAGGUUCUGUAGCUGACUGUGAUGGAAGCUUGAAACCUCAAGACAUCCUGCAAUAUAUAAAUGGUGAAAGCACAUUAGGAAUGACUAUAGAUGAAGCAGAGCAAGCCCUGGAAUCAUCUUUACCCACUGUUGUGUUAAAAGCUACAAGAGAUGGGACCCCUGUUGUUCCUACAAGCAGGAAAACUAUGAGCCUGAGCCCAAAGACAACAAAAAUUAAUGGUUAUCCAUGUGGAGAACACAUUAUCUGCACACAAGCUGCUCCUGAUGUAUAUAACCCAGAGGCAGGUAUAGUUCAAAUUGUAUUGGAAAAACCUGGCAGUGGAGAGUUGGGAUUUUCCCUUAUAGGAGGCGAAUAUGGUAUAUUUGUGAAGUCCAUCAGUCCUGGGGGUGUAGCUGACACAGAGGGCAGCUUACAGGUUGGAGACAGAUUGCUUCAGGUUAAUGGUGAAAAUAUGAUAGGAGCUACACAUGCCAAAGCUGUGGCAAGUAUUCGAAAGGCAAAGGGGACACUUCAGAUCAAUGUGGCCAGAGAAGUCAUGCCAUCAGAUACUACAAUCUUAAACAAGUGCAAUGGAAAUAUAGAUUCCAUGACUCAAAUUGAAGAUAAUCACUAUAAUGAAGAUGAAGAUAAUGACGUCAUCCAGUCCCUUCUAGAUGUUGUUCAUGAACAAACCCAAAAUCUUCUAGAGCUGAAUCGCCAGAAUGCACUUUUGAAUGAACAAUUCUCAGUGGGACAAAUUGAAGAUGGUUUAGAGGAAAAGGCUGAGGACACAGACUGUGAUGGUUCAUCAUUGCCUGAUGACUCCCCAGAGCAAACCAAAGUAAAUGGAGUGGGUCAUUACAGAAAUAAAGAAAUUACUCAAAGAUCCACAGUAGAGAAUGAGAAUAUGUGGCCAAGCACUGGAGGCCAGUAUAAAUUAUUUUCCAAAAAUCUUUUUGAUUCAUUGAAAGUGACAAAGGAAGAUCUCUCAUCUCUCUCACUGGUGAAGGUUCAGCCAUCAAGCAGGUAUACAGGAUCCAGCCUAAAGGCAAUUGUACGGUUGAUUCAUGGCAAACUGGAUGAAAACACUCCUUCAAAAGAGUUUGAACUCCUCCAGGAUUUAAAACCUUUGGAUGACUGUCUUAUUGGACAAACUAAAGAAAAUAAAAAGAAAAACCGGUACAAGAAUAUACUACCAUAUGAUGCCACAAGAGUCCCAUUGGGAGCAGAACAUGGCUAUAUCAAUGCAAGUUUUAUUAAAAUGCCAGUUGGCAAUGAGGAGUUAAUUUAUAUCGCUUGCCAAGGACCUCUUCCUAGUACAGUGUCGGACUUCUGGCAAAUGGUAUGGGAGCAAAAUUCCUCAGUGAUUGCUAUGAUGACUCAGGAGGUUGAAGCAGGGAAAAUUAAAUGCCAACGUUACUGGCCUGAAGAACUGGGUAGACCCAUAAGGAUAUCGAAUCAGCUGCAGCUAACAUUGGUAAUGACCCAGCACUUGGAGAGCUUUGUCUUAAGAGUCUUGGAACUUGAAGAUGUACAGGGUGAAGAAGUGCGACAAAUUGCUCACCUGAAUUACACAGCUUGGCCGGAUCAUGAUACCCCGAGUGAUCCAAACCAGUUACUUACAUUCAUCUCCUUUAUGAGACACAUCUACAGGUCUGGACCCAUCAUUACACAUUGCAGUGCAGGCAUUGGUCGCUCAGGCACACUCAUAUGUCUAGAUGUCAUGUUGGCUCUUAUCAGCAAAGACUUAGAGUUUGACAUCCUCAAUAUGGUGCACACAAUGCGGCUUCAUAGGCAUGGGAUGAUCCAGACCGAGGAGCAGUAUAUUUUCUGCUAUCAAGUGAUACUCUAUAUUCUUAAACGUCUGCUGGCAGAAGAAAACACAGUGAAGUAGUUCACAAGCAGCAAGUGGACAGGACUUGGGCCUAGGAUUAAUUCUGUGCUUACUUUUAGAAAUCAAUACUGAAACAUGGCACAUUGUCAUGUGUAUCAGUCCAGACAGCCACUGCAGCAGAAUUAUGGGAAAGGAAUUGUCUUUUUUUUCAACCUUUUUGUUGCUAUGAAGGGGCAUUUGUUAGUAGGGGGCAAUGCUGAGUGCUAUUUCUACUUGGCAUUGUGCCAUCUCCAGUAAUCUACACACCAUGUGAUUCAGUAAAAAUUAAAGGGGUUCUACAGCCUAAAGUAGGAACAAUGUAAAAGUGCUCUUUUGGCACUUUUGCAACUUACAUACAUUUUAAUUUUAUUUCAUGCUAGAAUACUUUUGUGCCCCUUGUUAAAUCUCCUCUAAAGAGGGCGAUCAAACAUCUGAAGUUACAUUCGUACAGGAUUAAUGUAAAUCGUCUGUGGUAUAACAUAUGCAUUACAUAGUAAUCCAAAGUUAUGCAAUGCAUGUGUUUUACUAGGCAGCGAUUUACAAUAAUCCCUUUAGGACUGUAACUUGAUCUUUUGUCACCUGUGCUGGCGGAGAUUAAGUGCAGGCGAGGAAACGUUCCGUCCAUCAUAACUCUCAGCAGGGCUAAUAUGAAGCUUAGGGUAAGGCUCCACAAGGCUGUAUGUUAGUCUGCAUAGAAGCACAGGCUGACAAUCCACCUGUACACUUCAAAAAUCAUCUAUUCGUGCUUGCACAUGCAGCCAAUAUCUGCCAACAAACGCCAAGUCUCACUCUAGUUGGUGCAUAGUGUGCCUGCACCUGGGUGGAUUCAGUGCUUCUGGGUGCAGGCACAAUUAGAAGAUUUUUCAAGUGUACGGGCAGAUUGUUAGCCAGGCUGAAAAUCUGCCUCAUGGCCUUACCCCGACCCCUGCUGUUCAGAUGGAACUGCUAAAGUGGGUUUCACAGAAGCAGAAAGCAUUUCUUGAUGCUUAUCUAAUUGGCUCUAUUGCUGCUGUCGUAAUGAACAACACAACCACUCUUCACGUUUUGUGAAAUUAGCUUUUGCAGUUGUGCUCAGCCUUCACCCAGGCCAGGCAGCAGGGCACACUUGUGUAACAAUUGCUAAUAUCAUGAAUUGAAAUAGCAAAACACUCAAAUCAAUUUUACAUUAAGUUCUAAUUUAGGGUACAUGUCCCCAUUAAUAGUCCAAAUGUAUGAACAUUCCAUUAAAAUAAAAGUCUGUGUGUGUGAUCUUAUAGAUCUGACAAACUGACACAGAAGUAUCAGGACACAAGUAUCAGGGUUUACAAAUGUGUCAAUUCUUUAAAAAAUUUUCUGACUGUCAGGGAAGUUUUGAUAAAUGGUAAAAAAAUGAACAGCUGGGAAUAUCCCAGCUUGAUAUUUGAUAAAUCAACCCAUCCCCAAAGCUGACAUAGAUAUAAUAGGUCUUACACAUUGUUUUGUGUGGCAUACCUGGGGCAGUCAUAAGAGUCCAGUGGGUACUGUAAUGUCACAUCACCUAAUGAUGAUCUGAUGACAACCCUGGGCAGAACUGUCAUUUUAAGGCCUUGGUUAAAGGACAUGAGCUGCAUUUUAGUAGCUUCCUAAUUGUUUAGUAAUGUCUGUAAUGUCUGUCUGCUUCCUUUUCCUGCUCUUGUUGAACUACAUUUCCCAGAAACUCUAGGAGGUACUAGUAACUGUUUUUCAACAACUGAAAAUCUUGGGCUUGUCUUAUUUAAACUUUGUUCCAAACUGAAUGCCAAGUACAGUUAUCAAGCUGCUUUUCUCUGGGUUGGGGGGGGGGGGGGGGGGCGGGUUGGAAUGGGAUAUAGAGACAGUAUUUUAAUACAGUGAAAUUUCUUACAAGAACUAGUUUGAUAACCUGGUACGCAUGUAUAUUUUGCUUUACGGUUAUUUUCAGAAGUUUAAUUCAUUUUUUUAGCAGGGUACUCGAAACCAGUAUUUAAAGAUCACCAGAUUAUUUCUAUAGACCAAAAAUGUAGUAACUUUUAUUGUAAUUAUUACAUACAUUUCAUAAUGUUUACUUAUAUAUAGUUUUAUGCACUAUUUAUAUAAUUUUACAAAAGAAAAUGUUACAAUGUGCCUGUAUGUUAGGGCAUUUUUCCUCUACCGUGUAAAUAAAAAGUAUACAGUGAUCA